GAAAUUUUUGAACGUCAAAGUUUAUACUAUAUACAGUGUAUAACUCGAUAUAAACAAUCAAAAUAAAUACAACUCUUCCUUCUUCACUGUUCUUAAUAAACUUCUAAUUGUUAUGUGGCUAAAGUGUUAGAUGACGUUAUAAAAUGCCAUCUAAUGUUUCAAUAACACCUUGAAUGGAACGAAUUAAUUUAUCUUUACGCGGAAUAUAUUAAUAAAUUAAUAAUAUAUUAAAUGCAAGAAAAUUUUCAUAUAAUAUGGACAAAUUUUCUAAUACAUCGCAAAUUGAAGAAUCCUUAGAUAUUGCUACUAAAGAUUGGAAUCGAAUUACGAGUGCUGCUAAAAAGGCUGGAUAUAGAGAAGGAAUAGAAAAUGGCGCAGAUUCUGUGUUUCAAGAAGGCUUUGAUAAAGGAUACGAAGAAGCAUUUAAAACUGCUUUCAUUCUAGGAAAAUUUAAAAGUUUAUUAAAUACGCAGGAUACAGAGUAUCCUUCGAGUAUAAACAAAAUUCUUGAUAAAACUAGAAGAGGAGCAUGUUACAUAUGUGAGAUGGAAUCUCAGAAUAAAAAUGAUGAUACACAGAAACCAUUUCCACAAAUUAUUAAUGAACAAAGAACACAUUCCAUGAAAGUAAUUGAAACAUUAUGUCAAUAUUUUCAACCACAUAUGAAAGAGUUGAAUAUUACCGAAUCAGAUAUAUUAGGAAUAUUAAAUCAGAUUUCACAACCAUCCAAUGAUAAUUAGUAGGCAAUUAAAACAUUCUGUUUUGUUUAUUUUUAUUAGCAUGUAUAACAUUGUAUGCUUGAACCAGAAGUAAAGAAUACUUAAUUAUAA